AGCCCGAUCAGCUGUUAGUUUUAAGUCAAAAUGAUAACAAACAAGACUUUCAUAACAUAGCUGCAUAAAUAAUAGGAUAACACACACGGGCGCACAUCUUUCAAUUGAAAUCCCGGCGGCGAUGUUCACAUUGCGCUGCUUGCGCCCACUGGCAGGCCCCCUGAUCCUGAAGAACCAUGCCCCGAGAAGGAUAUCCGUCGUGGUCACGAGAAGAAACUUCACAGCCGUCGUCUCCAAGCUUAAACCACCGGUGGUAAGAACUAGCCUGAGCUCAGGAGGAGUGCGGUUGGCCCACGGCAAGGGCGAGACUGGAGGACACCUGACCUUCCUACUGACGCGAUGGACCAAAAUUGCGUGGAGCAACAUGUUCGGAAAGUACCUUCUGAUCACCAACGUCUUCGGAUCGGGACUGCUGAUGGUGGUGGGCGAUGCGAUAGCCCAGGAGUACGAGUACCGCAGGGGAAUGCGGCAGCAGGAUCGCUUCGAUACGGAUCGCAUGUACCGCAUGUUUGUGGCCGGAGCACUGCAGGGCCCUCUCCACCACUACGUUUACAACUGGAUGGAUCGCGUGAUGCCGGCCCGCACCUUCAAGAACAUUCUCAAGAAGAUCCUGAUCGAUCAGCUCGUCAUGUCCCCCGCCUGCAUCCUAAUCUUCUUUUACACGGUGUGCUACUUGGAGCGCCAAACCCUGGAGCAGACCCACAAGGAGCUAAUCGAGAAAUUUCCGUACGUCUAUCUGCUGGACUGGAUGACAUGGCCGGCGGCGCAGUACCUGAACUUCCGCUACCUGGACACCAAGUACCGCGUGACCUUCGUCAACGUUUGCACGGCGGUGUAUAACGUCCUCAUCUCCUACAUGAAGCACGAUUUCGGACUGGACCUCGACCUGGAGAGCGGCGGGAUGGACACAUCCAAGGCUCAUCUGACGCUGGCGAGCGAUGCCAAAUCUCGGAAGGCUGUCGAGGAGCCGACCACGCGCUAGUCCGGGCAUAUUUUUGUGGUUUCCAGAGAAACCAACCUAAAAUUUCAAAGUCAUACGCACAUCCAUGUUAUGUAAACCAAAGAGGCUUAAUCACUUGAAUACAUGUAUACAUUUAUGGUACGAAAGUGAA